AUAAAACUUUAUGCUGCCAGGCUUCACGGUCUGGCAGGCGGAGGUUCGAGCCCCGCCCAGGCACGGGAUUUUUCCAUUGACAAGGGAACGGUUACUGUUAUCCCCUCUUGAAGAAGGGGGAUGGUAGGGGGGUGCACAGAGUAUUGUAGACUGUCUAUAACUCUGUGGGUGUGUGGUGUGUUAAGGUCCCAGAGAUCGGUUCUAAUCUGGAGGCCGGGUAGCUGCUUGCUGGCGAUGUCGAGCCCAACUCGUGGUCAGGCCCUCAGCGCCUCAGCUGUACACCCAUGCUUCAUGGCACUCUGCAUGUGCCGGGUUGAUUCCUGCAUGGGGUGCAUCCCCCUCCAGCGGGGAGCCAUCAUCGUGGGCUUCAUCUACAUGUUUGGCUCGAUGAUGGAGACCUUCAAGUACAUGUACGGGUUGGUGGACUUUGAGCUGAAGGUGCGGCAGUGCGCGGAGGCCGAGCCGAUGAUCCCAGAUAUGUACUCUGAAGACGUGAAGGGCCCCAUCUACCAGGCCCUGAGGGAUGACCUCAGAUUCUGCCCCAAGGGGAGGAUGCUUGCCCUGACACGCUCGGCCAUGGUCAUCCCGAUCUUCAUUUUCUUCAUCUACUUCAUCCUGACGGCCCUCAUGAUCCACGGUGCACGGCAGGACCGUCCCCGGCUGAUCGCACCAUGGCUGUGGUGGCAGCUGUCCCUCUUUGUGGUCACCAUCCUGGGCAUCAUCGGCCUGCAGAGCCUUGAGGACUUCCUCUACAAGAUGAGUGUCCUCCUGGUGGCCGUCUACCUCUUCAUGGUGGUCAACUCCUACUAUCUAGAGCUGCUGCGUCGGGAGAGGAACCCAUCGCGAGUGACGGUCAUCGCCAUGGCUCACCCACGCUCCGAGAUGAUGGUCUCCCUCCCCUCACCCCUCAAGGAUGACUCCCCGCCCCCCUACCAUGCCUGCUACGUGCCCAACGAGUCCCCAUACCCUCCCCCCUACCAUGCCGCCAGCCCCGGUUACCCCACCAUGCCUCCUCCCUACCAAAGCUCUGACCCCCUCAUGGCCUCCUGUUCUGGCACUACCCAAGCUGAACCCCAGACUCCCCCCACCCCAGUAGCCCCAACCACUGUCACUGUCAACCCCACCCCUGCCAGCCCCAGCCCUGUCACCCCCAACCCACCCACCCCCAUCACCCCUGAGGCCACACAAGCCCCACAGGAAGAGGAGCCUAAAUGCGAGGAGUCUCGGGUCACCCCAGAGACAGUAGGGGAGAGAGCGCCUCUUGUGGUGAAGCUCCCGACCUCCCAAAGUAACUAGGAGCGGGUCACUGAGCAGGCGCAGGUGAUGGCUUGCCGGGCCGUUGUGAGGUACCCUGUGUGAGGCUUACCGGGCCGUUGUGAGGUACCCUGUGUGAGGCUUGCCAGGCUGUGGUGAGGUGUGCUGUCGAGGGAGUCUGUCACGUAGAGCAGAAGCAAGAUAGUGAUUUUUGAUGUGUAUGAGGCCUAGGCAACCUCCAUAUACUGAAUUUUUUGUCUUCAUUUAUUCAUCUACUUUAUAUUCUCCUUCUACCUGGGCUGACACAAAGGACAGGCAUCCUCAAGUACCUUUUUUCAAUGCACCACAAUGCCACAAUUAGCGUGAAGGCGGACUCUGCCUGUCCUCAACCAUUCCUCAGCCCGGGUAGUGUCAAGGAGAGGCGCUUAGUGGCUGACGGCUCUGCUUUGCUUUCAUUGUUUCUUGCUUCACUACAUGGAAGGUUCUCUCUUAAAGUUUCAUGUAUUCAGGAUAGCUCAUGUAGUAUUUUAAGCUUUUUCCACUGACUCGCUCCAUGGAUACUGAUAUAAAGCAGUACAUAAAUUUCAUGGAAGUAAGUCUCUAUAUGAUUGAUAUGUGAUGAUAAAGGUAAAUAUAGUUUUAACAAUGCAUGAACAUAAGUUACAAAUUUUUAUAAUUGAUAUGUGAUGAAUAGAGAUAGAAAUAGUUUGAUAAUGUGGUAUUCAGAUGUGACUAUAUUCAGAGUAUUGCAAAUAGCUGUGACAAAAAUGCUGGAAAUUGCCAAGGAGCUGUUUCACGUGCUAUCCAUAUUGUGUAUACUACAGUGCUGUUUAGACUCUUAUAUAGCUAUAGCUAUUUUUAAUCAGCUGCAAUAUAGUGCAAUACGCCUUGCCUUCCACUGACUGAGGUGAACACUGAUCCUUACGGCUGCAGCACACUUCCCAGGUUCUCCAGUGAGUGGGAGGAGGUGAAGACUUCACUCUCAAGGUUUUCACUUUUCAUACCAAACCUGCCUUUGGCGAUAGCAGCCCCACCCGCCCUGAGAGUGAAUGUUUCCUUGCAACACCCACCCCACCACCCAGGACGGGGGGCAGAUUUCUUGGUCAGGCCAGCAAAGUUUAUAAGAGUGAAAAGAUCAUCAGCACAAGAGCAGGACACCAUCAGGGUUCCUUUGCCACUGUACUGUGCCCGCCCAGCCCAGCGGGCUCUGUAAGUCAUUCACAGCAUGCAUCCAGGCAUUACUAUCGACCCUUUCUGGUUGGUUGGCUGGUGUGUACUUUUCAGCAGUCAUUAUAACAAUUUUUAGAAGUGCUUAGGUUAGGUGGGAAGUUUGUUGAUAUGAAUAUUGUAUUAAUGCAUUUAGCAGCUUCAUGCACCACCUGCAUCAGCUGGAGGAAGGUGGUGGAUGGAUGACUGACAGUUUUUUGUAAAUCCCAGUAGCCUCCUGGUGUUGGAUGUCACCCAGCAUGGUGUGGGGAGCCUAGGGAACCUUUGUAUCUAUAGACAUCAUAUUGUUGCCUGACAUGCAGCAAUAGUUUUUGAAGUAUUAUGGUGCUCCUAUUACAUGAUUUGUAAUUGUCUAUUCCUGUGUAUCUUGACACUUCAACAAGCUGGAUUCAUCUCAGUGUAAUGGGAGCACCAGGUCCACCCUAAGACCCAUCCCUCACCCCAAGGCAGCCACUGGAUGUGAGGUUCAUGAGGAACCUCAAUAUAACUGGAGGACCAUGACUGAAAUGUGCUUUUGGGUGGGACUGGUUGGCUUGAAGCAGUGACUGAAACUACAGCAGGAGCCCCUGUGCCUGCAGGACACAAGUCACUGCCUUGCUCUGUGAAGGGACAUUCAUGCUGUACUGAGACCUGCACCACCACCACCACCACCACUGCCGCCAGCACAAUGUAUCCUCUUGUCAGUCAGUCGUGCCUGUGAGUUGCACUGCCAACACUACCUUUUUUACGAGCUCUGGCACGUUGUGGAAGACAUGGUGCCCUGUGUUGCUUCACACUUUUGCUGGAACACCGUUGAUGGUUUAAGAUUUUGAUGCGGGUCAGAACACAUUCAUUUUAUCUGGACAGCACAAUCCAACAGGGGUAUUUUAUGCUGUUACUUUAUAUUUUACCAUCCAACUAGGCCUUUUCAUCUCUUUCUGUGCUUCUGUGGCUAGUCAUGACUGUGUAGCUAUCUUCUUGCUUGUCUUAGGUUCUUAUUUACAUCGGUUCUUUGUUGUGCAAGUUGAAGCUUUGGAAACACUCCGUUCAUAACUCCAGGGUUUGCUUUCCAUGACAUUCUCGUUUAUCUUUGGGAAGGUUGUUUGGAACUUGCUUCACUUUUUGGAUCACAUGCAUUUGCUUUCAUGUUGGGGUCUGGUUAAAAUUUUACUUAUGGGGAUAAUUGAAAUAAUGAAAUGUAACAAACUAUUAGAACUUUAACACUGGCAACGCCAUUUUCCAUUGCAAGGGUGAGUUAGUGGCCACCUGAGAAACACGAAGGAGGGAAGGCAAGGCUGGAGAAAUAGAGACGUUCAUUAUUCAAAACAAGACCCUGAAUAGAGAGGAAACGUCAGUUGCUUCAAAAAGUAAAAUAUGAAAAUGUAUGCCUACAAAUAUAAUACUCAAACCUGGUAACACACUCAGCAUCCACAUUAUAAGUAACUUUUGACAUAGAUUGCCCAGUUUGUACAAUUGUUUGCUAAUUGACACUGUUGCAAUCUGAAGUUUUUGUAAGUAUUGAGUCAUUUGAAUGAUGAUAUUACAUGUAUUUCUAUAUGUGGCAACCAUUAGCCAUGACUGACAUCAUUUGAGUAGUCUCCCUCUUGACAUGCAUGUAUAUCUGCUGUCAUGCUAUACUUCACAAGCCCUGACCUUCCAUCUUGAGCAUGUUUAAAAUGAACAAUACCAAAUGUGCUGUCUUUGAGGAUAACCGAACAGAGCAAGGAGCUGUAUGAGUCUCAGGGUCAGGUCACAGCACAACUAUUGGAGUGACUUGUGAAUAGAAUAUGGAGCGACCUUUCCUCCCUUAGCUGUGAAAGGUCGUGCACUUCUUGCCCUCCUUGCCUAAUGGAAAUGGGUUGUUGUUAUAUAUUCAUUCUCUCUAGUUUGAGUUAAAUUAAGGAGCUCACCAAAGAUAUGUACCGUUCAGUGUGAUUUUAUUAUAGCUUAAUUGGUAUUUUUGUGUCUAGUGUUCGUAGGUGCAUUUCCUAGUUAGUCUGGAGUAUGGGGGGUUCCUGGCAGAUGGUGUGCAUGAGCUCGGCUGAAGCAUUCUAAUUUGAUGGAGAAAACUUGAAAAAAAGCAUGAUUACAAAAAAGUGUGGCCAAGAAUAACAAAAAACAACAACAAAAAAACAGACCUAUGCAGCCUUUCCUGACUUCCAUUUUAUAUAACAAUUAUCUGGACACUUUUAAAGAAAUUGUUAGUGUGAUAAAGAUAUAAAAGUCAUAUUCAUCCAAGGAGAUUACUGGUUUUAUAUUGAUUGUCUGUGAUGACCUUACUGUUUUGAGCUGCCAAGACCUCUCCAGCCAGUGUUCAAGAGCAUAAAGCGAGCAUCGUCUGUCAGGAAAUACAGUUCAUUUAUUGUGUGGUUUAUACUGGGUACCCUUUUUUUUUAUUCAUUUCUAAAAUUCUCAAGAUAGUUAUUAAUUCUAAAAUUACCUAUAUAUAGAGUUACAUUGACACAAGCUUUCCCAGGAUCUUCAAAAAUGGUACUUAAGUUUCAUGCUAUAGAUUUGACGAUUGACUGCUUGGUUUUGAGAUUUAUAAAAAGUAAAAUAGAAUGAUAAACAACACUGAAAAAUACCAUUGUUGCUGACCCUAAGAAAGAAUACAAAAAUGAGUCAAAUAGAGCUUUCAAUUCUGAAGGUGAUCCAAUUAUAUUCUAGUUAUGAAAUAUUAGGCUAAAGAAAGUGUAGGUCACGGGAAGGAGUAAAAGAAUGGGAGGUGAAGUUAUGUCAACUCUAUUGGUGGGACGUUGAACCCUUAUUCCUCACUCUCCUUACUUAGAUGACCUUAUAGAAAUAUGUUUAAGGUCCAGGAAGGAGUAAGAGUGGAAGAUGAAGUCAGCUGUCGAGUCUUACUUAUUAGUGGGAUGCUGAACCCUCAUUUCUCACCCUCCUUACUUAGAUGACCUUAUAGAUGUACAUUUAAGGCCUCGGGAAGGAGUAAGAAUGAAAGGUGAAAUCCUCUGUCAUUCCUCACCCUCCUUACUUAGAUGACCUUAUAGAUGUACAUUUAAGGCCUCGGGAAGGAGUAAGAAUGAAAGGUGAAGUCCUCUGUCAUUCCUCACCCUCCUUACUUAGAUGACCUUACAAAUAUAUAUUUACUCAACAUAUUUGUGAUACCGAGACAAAAAAUACUAGCUCGUUCGUACCUAACAAUGCAGGCAACCACUGUAACUGUCGUGUGAGUGCAAAUUCUAUCAAGGCUAUGUACGUAUUCCCCUUUGUAGGAUAGCUCGUGCAUUGUUUCAUCUGAUGUCUUUAGCGAUAGUGUUCCGAAACCAUUAUUUUUUGUUACUAUCAUUACUGUCAUGACUGUAUUAAAAAUGUAUUGAUGCCAACAACCAGCCAAUAUAUUGCUAAAUUUUA